GGCUCCUUCUAGUCAGAUUCGGUUUUUACCUAAUAAAAAGGACAGUAUGUUACGCAUGGUUUUCAAUAUUGAAGUGGUUAACGAAAAUCUCCGACACCUGCACAAUCACACCCUUGGCUACAACUUCUAUGACAACUAUGAUAACACCCUCGGCACUUCAGAUGCCUUGCUGGACAUGCUGUCUACUGGAGAAGCCAAUGUUCCCAACUACAGCUGUGGAAGGAAGGACAACCUUUUGGUGAUUGUUGAUGGAGCUGACAGAGACAUCUCCAUCCAGAUAUCAACAUUAGUUGGCCCCUACAAAGUUGCCGAGAUCAGUAAUAAAAUUACUUCGGAUGAUCUGAGUGAUAAAAGUCAAUUCCCUUUUUCCCAUCCGAUGCUCCCCAAAGAAACGGUCCUAUACCCAGGAAUUGUCCAACUGCUCCUUCAUUUUGGAUGGACCCUGAUUGGCCGGAGAAGAUGCACCCAGAAAGUACCAUUGGAGACAAAAGAGGAAAAGAAUAGGAUGUGGAUCCCAAAUGAGGGCUAUACUUACAGUGUCCUUAAGAUUCUGGCCCAUGCCUUAAAAGCUGCAUCCAAACCCCAGAGGAGAAGGGAGAAGGGAGAAGAGAGGCUGGGGACUCCAAGGCUGCAACCGUGGAAGUUCCAUCCAUUUCUAAAGAAGAAGGAAUUGUUCAAUCUUUCCCUGCUGAAAGUGUACUUGGAUCAAAAUGGAGAGGUAGCAGCAGAUCUAAAGAUCAACAGUAGGGUAGUUCUCCUCAAGGAGGAUCCCAUCAACAAGGAAUUGGGGAGUUUUGAAAGGCAGCAACUGAUAAUCAACCAAGAUGCUUUGUCACAGCUAAAGUUGCUCAACAAGUCUCUGCCUCAGUCCAAAUGUGUGGAAAAAUGUCAGCCUGGAUUUGUGAAGAAGGCUCGAGAAGGAGAGCCAUUUUGCUGCUAUGACUGCGUUCCUUGUCCAGAGGGGACCAUCUCCACUCAGGAAGAUACUGAAAAAUGCACCAAAUGUGUAGAUGAACAAUAUCCAACUAAGAACAGAGUCCGGUGUAUCCCAAAAAGAAUAACCUUCCUAUCUUAUGAAGAACAUCUGGGCAUAAUCCUUGUGUUCUUUGCUCUACUCUUGUUCCUAACCACAAGCCUUGUUUUAAUCAUAUUCCUUAAAUAUUUAGAAACUCCCAUUGUCAAAGCCAACAACCGAGACCUCUCCUUCAUCCUCCUGAUCUCCCUCCUGCUCUGUUUUUUGUCCUCCUUUCUCUUCAUCGGCCAGCCAAGGAAAGCCACCUGUCUUCUCCGACAAACGGUGUUCAGCAUCGUCUUCUCAGUAGCUGUGUCUUCUGUGUUGUCCAAAACAGUCACGGUGGUGCUGGCCUUCUUGGCCUCAAAACCAGGAAACAGGGUGAGAAGAUGGUUGGGGAAGAGCUUGACCAACUCCAUCAUCCUGUCUUGUUCUAGUGUUCAAAUUUUCAUCUGUGUCAUAUGGCUGAUAGUUUCUCCCCCAUUCCCUGAUUCCGACAUGCACUCCCAGCCUGGAGAAAUCAUCCUUCAAUGCAAUGAAGGUUCUGUUACCAUGUUUUAUGUUGUCCUCGGCUACAUGGGUUUCCUAGCUGCCGUUUGCUUCACGAUGGCUUUCGUGGCCAGGAAUCUCCCUGGAGCCUUCAAUGAAGCCAAGCUGAUCACCUUCAGCAUGCUGGUCUUCUCCAGUGUCUGGGUCUCUUUCCUGCCCACCUACCUGAGCACUAAAGGAAAGUUCAUGGCAAAAGGAGGAAUGGAGGGGAAGCCCAUGGUGAUGAUUUUCACUCAUGGAAGCUGUGGCAGUUGUGGGCAGGAACAAUGGGUGGAGCUGGUGGAACUGGAGGAGGAAAAAGAAGAGGGUGAAGAGUUAGACAAAGCUGACUGGAUGACAGAGGAAGCCGUAAAGUUCAUGCAGGGGGCUUUCAAGAAUGUCAAGCAACUGGGGUUCUUCCUGCCCCAGGUUUGGACCUACGUGCAGGAGUAUCAUCUGGAGAUAACCACUGAAGGUGCCAAGGUCAGAAGUGUCACCAGGGACCUAGAAGGGGCUGCAGCGCAGUGGAUGAUCACCCUCGGAGUGGCAAGGCUGGAGACUCCAUCAGGAACACAAGUCAUGUUGCUGCUUCUGCUGCUUCUGCUGCCCCAGGAAGUUCUGGCAAGUCUCAGAGCCAAAUGUCUUCUGACUCUGAAGAGGGACGAGGUGCAUCCAGAGAACUAUUACAAGCCAGGAGAGUUUCUCAUUGGUGGCAUCGUCUCUGCAACGAGGAUGAAGCUUCUACCAAUAAGCUUCAACAAAUCUCCUUUGACUCAAAUUUCUCUGAGUAUGACCUCAGAGGCUUUGCUGGACCUGCUUUCAGAGGGGGAGGCCAACGUUCCCAACUACAGCUGUGGAAGGCAGAGAAACACAGUGGCUGUUCUUGAAGCAGCUGGUACUGAUAUCUCCAUCCAGAUUUCAACCAUGUUGGGAACCUACAAAAUCCCACAGAUCAGUCACAGUUUUGAUUCCCAGGUUGUGAGAGAUGAAAAUCCUUUCUUCUACCCAAUGCUCGCAGCCAAAGGAGCCCAUUACCCAGGGAUGGUGAAGCUGGUCCUCCAUUUCAGGUGGACCUUGGUGGGUCUCCUUGCUCCAGACACUGAGAAUGGACAAUGGUUCAUGAGGACGUUGACUUCCCUGCUGGAUUGUGCUGCCUUGGCCAAUGCCCUCUUAACAUUCUCCCAGGUUUCCCUCAACAUAUCCAUCCAAUCGGUCAAGCUGACUGAGGAAGGGGGCUCCCUUGGGUACUCUGGAAUGUAG